AUGGAUUUUUACUGCUUCAGCAUAACUGUGGUGGAAAUGAGAAGUACCUGGGAGGAGGCUCUAGAGCACUGCAGGGAGACAUAUACUGAUCUUCCCAGCCUGCUCUCUGAGACAGACCGUCACCUGGGCCAGAGAGAAAUCAACAAAGCCCAGAUCACUGACCCAGUGUGGAUUGGCCUGCGUUUUCUGAGUGAUCGCUGGAUGUGGACGAACAAUGACUCUCUGGUGUAUGAAGACUGGCCCGAAGGAGACGACCACCAGUGUCCAGAGCGAAAACGCUGUGGUGCUCUAACCACAGAUAAAAUGUGGGUGAACUUGGACUGUCAGGAUAAAUUACCCUUCAUCUGCAUCUGA